AUGACCCACUUUAUCCCGAAAGUUGAGGAGAAUAAACCACUUAGUGCUGCUCUGAAUGGGUUCUGCACACACUUGCCAAAGUGGUUUCAGCAUUCAAUAGAAGCCCCGAUCAUACCCUCAUUAUCAGUGGCCUGCCCACUUCUCAGAAGUGAACGGGCAGUAUCAGUCAGCGGUUCUGUGAGUGUACCAACACUGCCCAUCUCCAUAGAGCUGAAAGAUGUUCCACAGUAUUUCCGUUUACAGCAUGCAGUGCCUGGUGAGGAUUCUGCCACAUUGCCACAGGAUGCUGUGGCAGAGACCUUUCUGGUUCCACGUCUGGGAUCCCGGGAGCCACACGUGAAAGCAUCAUUUCAGCACAUACAAAACCAUGAGAGUGUUCCUUGGGAGUUACUGGGAGCCCGAGUGAAGGGGAUUCGAGGAGAGGUGGUUGGCAGGGAGGUUUGCCUCUCUGAUCCUGUGGCACGCAUUUUAUUUCAUCGGUCAGGAACUGAUGGGCAAAACAAAGCAUCUCAGGACCAAUGUGUGAGUGUGAAAGCAACGCAUGGAGAGUUCAGUAUUCAAGGCUCCUGCAAGAUACAGCCUCCUCUUGAUGUCUGUGUUGUGGAGCUUCUUUUUGCACCUUUCUGGUUCACUCUUGUCUCACUGCCUGUGAAUGUGACCAUCCAUUACUCUGUCUCUGAAGAAUGCAAGCCCUUGGAUGAAGGAUCCGAGAUUGUAGGUAGUGUGCAAGUGGUGAGCGUGGGCACACCAAAAGUUCAGCAGCUAAGUGUGGGGGACUCUGUGAUAGUCACACUUCCUGAUAAGACUUUGUUACCUGGAGAGGUGUUCACAGCUUCGAUCAGUCUAAGGCACAAUUGGACCCAUCCUAGCUUCAGUUUGAGGGUGCGCUGCCGUGUUGGGUUGGAGCUUUUGUUUGCUCGUUCUGCUGCUAACACAUGGGCUAUUAAAAUGGAGAUGCAGCGAGGUGCCAAACAUCAUACUGUAAUAGGACAUGUGACACACAGAGGAGCUUCAGAGCGUAGGCCCCCUCCAGUUGUUGCCCUCUUGGAUUUUCUUGUGAGUAAUGUUUCGCUGGGCUCUGCAGUCUCAAGGAGAAUUACUUUCCAGCUGGAUGUUCCUGGAGCUAGCGCAGCCACAGCAGGUAUACGUGGUAGUGCUGAAGUGUUGGUGUCUGACCGUGACCUUAGAGCAAUCAUCCCACUUGUGAAGUCUCAUGAGAUUCUGAAUACAGCUCCACUUACUGGUAUUUCUCAGAAGAUCCCAGUGCGCGUUCUGGCCUUGGAGGCUGGGGGAUUUGUACUGGAUGUGACCAAGCAAGCAGGGUGUGAGACACCAAAUGCACAGAUUAUACAGGUGUCGGAUGGCUGUGACUUUUUAUUUGUGGGUGGAAAAGAGACUCAGGGAGCUGUGGGUGUGAAAGUUGAGUUUUGGUUAGAGCGCCUUCGCUCCUCUCUCUCUCUCUCCCUGUGGGUGCCACUACUGCCGCUUAGAGUCGAGGUGUCUGACAUUAAUUUGCAGCGUUUACCAGGCUCAAGGUCUUCGGGCCAUGCUCAGGAGGAAAACACUGGAGAUCACAGAGCUGCAACAGAUAGUAGGUUUCAGAGUUGUCGUCCUCAGUACCAGAGGGCUCGGGUGCGCUUUCUUGCCUACUUUGUGGCUCAUUCCUUAGAUGGCAGUCGUCAGCUGACAUACCUGUUGGGUAAUGACUGGCUUUUGGAUGUGUCACCCCUUAUCAGAAGUCAGGCUGUCAUCAGAGAUCAACGCAUUGCACGUCUAGAUGAGGAAGGCACAGUUCUUAUUGGUCAACAGCCAGGAGUCACAUCUGUUGAGGUGCGAUCUCCACUCUCACAUUCCAUCCUUGGAGAACAAACAAUCUCUGUCUCAUCAGAAACAGUCUCAAUUUUGGAACUGCGUUCACACUUGCUGUGGGGUAUUUCCCUCUCUGUCAGCACAUCUAAUAUCAACCAUCCGGGUGUUUUUAGUGUUUUAUAUAAAUCCCAAGAAGCAGCAAUGACUCCAAAACAGGAAGCUGUGCUGUGUGUCUGGAUGCUGUUCAGUGAUAUGUCUGUUGCUCCAGUUACUCUUUAUAACCCACUGGAGUUGUCAUUGUCUGUUGUGUCCUCUGAUCCCACUGUCCUAUCAGUUCGUCGACCAGGGGUUUCUGCAAGCUCAUUGCCAGUGUUAAUUUUUGAGAGUCCAGGUGAAGAGCCCCUACUGCGCAUGUCUCUGUUUCUGCCAGAGCAGUGUCGAGAAGGAGAAUCUUCAGGAUUGCUCAAUGCUGGGUAUGUUCGAGUAACAUUUCCAAAGAAUAGAACAGAAAGUGGUGACUAUCCUGGCAGUGACAUAAUACAGGGUGACAAUGACCUAAUCACCAGGGAUAGUGAUAUAAACUCAAAUGCCAACAGUGUUAUUCCAGGCACCAGUGACAUAAUUCUAAGGAGUGGUGACCCCACCAUUGAAGAUGAGUCUCUUUCUGGCUUGGAUGAUAUUGUCACAACGCGGUGGGGAAUACCAGGCUUGGAGGAAGGACUUUAUGGGCUUCUUGCAAUCUUCUCGUUCCUAACUCUCCUCUUCUUUCUGAGUUGCUUAUCUUUCAUCAAAAGACAUAGGAAAAAAUCGGCACCUGAGGGGGUUGGAAAUCAUGAAGGCCCAAACUGGGUAUGGUUGGAGGGCCCAGAAGUGAAUGGACCAAGGACCCAAGGAGGAGUGAGUGAGGAAGAGGAGGAAACAGGGCAAUGGGAAGGAAGGGAGAGGGGACCCCAAAGUCUGACUAGUACCUUCCAUCCAGUGAGAAAUUCUCAAGGCGUUGAGACAGCUAGUGCCUAUCCGUCUGAUGCCCGAUCUUUCUCUACACCUGCAACCCAUGCUAAGGCCUGCUUAGAAGCCAAAAUAAAUGAGGAUAUGUCUUUCAGAACACCACCACAAGGUACAACUAGAAUUGAAAAAGUUCCUGAUGAUCCAUCAGUGCGCUCCAUCUUGGUUGCUAGUGAAGAGGACAUUAUGUGGGUAUGCAAAGACAUGGGAAUGAGAGAACCUCAAGAAAUCCUGAGCUACAUGGAAAGGAUCAGGGGUGAUCAGGAAGAUAGAAAGAAAGAUGGGCAAAGGGGUAAAGGAAUGGAUGUAGUUGGGCCAAGUGUAAGAAGAUAGACUUAAUUCAGGAACAUAAAGCAUUACUGUAAGAAAUUAAGUAACACACGGUUGAGUAAGAUGAAGUUUCUGGGAAGAUAUAUCAAUCAUCUUUAAAGCCUUGUUCUGCAACUUAUGUAAAAUGUAUUUUAUGAUCCAGAUUUACGUAAGAGAUUUGAGAACGAGGAGUGUGAACCUACAUUCUCUAUUGUAAUUAAGCAAUGGAUGGUUUGAUUGCAAAGCACAUGAUUUCCAUAGUUCUAGUAAUGCGAAUGGUAAAAUCAAGAAAUCAACAAACCAAGUUUGAAUAUAUGGAUUCAUAUUUGCCUGGGAAUCUACACUAAAGUUACUAAGAUUGCUUUAAUUUAUUUUAUGAUAAACUCAGUAAUAAAUUACCAGGCAUUCAUUAGCACAUGUAGGUGCACACAAUGACAUUUAGAGAAUUAAGAUUCAAGCAAUUAUUUAAUUUAUGUAACUGUGAACUUCAGUGUUAAAGAGAACGAUUAUCUAUCUGUGUUUGACAACAUACCAGAUCAAGACUACUUUGGGCUCUUGGCAGUGCAGUUUCCAGGCCAUCAGCAUUUCAUUUUAGUCAGACCAAUUUGAGAUAAUCUGUAUAUCCAUGGCCUGUGGAGAUUUCACUGUGUGGUUUAUUAAAAUGGGCAUACAUGCUGCUGUUGUCUUGUUUGGAGUAACCAUUGAAUAACUGGAUCUGUGCCAACUUGGGGAUGCACGUUGGUUGAAAAUAGGACAGGUUCAGAGGUAUUUGUGGACAGACUGCAAACAGAUCAAUAUAGACUCCUAAUUAGCUGUACUUGUCAUGAAUAACUAAAGCUGACAAGGUCAGUCACUAUCAGACGUUACCAUACUGCCAAAUCCAAAUUCUGUCUGAUUUUUUAUUUUAUUUUUUGCGGGGUGGGGAGGGUGGGGGGGUUUGUAGCCUGCCACUGCAUCCUUACUGUUUCAGGCCAUAGGUACCUGCCUAUAUUGCCUAAUCUGGAGCGGGGUUGAUGAUGUAAGCACAGAGAAUCUUCAUCUGCCUGACAAAGAGUCACAAGUGUUCUUAUUCUAUUAUUUUAAGUGUAUAAAUAAGUGUUUUUUUAUAAUAUAUUGUUUUUAUUAAAGUUGUAUGAGGCAAUAGUAAACUUGAGAUCUCACAUUCAGAAUAUAAAUAAGAACCUUGCUAGAGUAGUUAAAUUCUACAUUCCAGUCAGUUGCUACAAUUGUUGUUAUAAUUGUUAGUUGUUGUGAGACUCCUUCACAAUGCAUUGUAAUAUGUGCUUUUUAUAGUCUGAAAAUCUGCUUUACAAAGUUACUGUAGAUAUUUGUGAUCAAGUGACUAAUGUGUCUAUUUAAAAAGCAGUGAAAAGAGUGGAGAAAAGGACCAGAAGAGAAGUUGCUCAUGGCAACCAAUCAGCUUUGAAGGAAGCCUUUAUUAAGUACAUUCUUUAAGGGAGAUGCUGAUUGGUUGCCAUGGGCAACUUCUCCAUUGGUCUGUUUCUCCACUCUUUUCACUGCUUCAUGAAUAAACUCCUAAUAUAAAGAUUUAAUUUGUUCUGACUGUAACAUGGAGAACUAGCCGUUGUGCAGUGGUUACCAAAAAACAGUCCAAAACCUACCUACAGAUGUAGCCACGCUCAUCGUGGCUACAUCCAGGCUCAUUCGGAGCUCAUUUUCCACGUUCGCAUCUAUGACGCACACAUGUCCCCAUUCACAUGCCCCCAUUUAGCCGCAACAGGAGUUCACAUAGCCAGCAGAAGAAGCCACGAUGAGCGUGGCUACAUCUGUAGGUGCCCUCUAAACAAUCCAGAAUGGAAAGAGUUAAAAUUGUAAUCUAAUGAAGGGUCCAGUCUCAUGAGCUGCAUUCACAAUCAUUGAAACAUUGCUUAGCUUGGUUUGCUUAGUAAUGAUUCCCAAACUGGGUGCCAAGGGUAACCUGCAGGGAGCUGCCACAGUUUGUUGAUCUAAUACCAAAUAAAAAUUUUAUAUGGUCCAUGUUAUAUACAAAAUCAGUGCUGGUGGUUGCCAGUCGUAAAAUAAGUUGACGACAAAAGCACAACCCUGUCCACCACCACAUUAUUAUUAGUAAGUACAAUUUACUUUGAGAAUUUUUGCUGAAUUUCUCUACAAGAAACUUUUGGGCAAGGGGUGCCAUGGAAAAAAUGCUGAUACUCUAAGGCACUGUGAUGCAAGAAAGUUUAGGAACCACUAACUUAGGGGAAACCGUGCUCUUGACCAGCAAUAAUUCCAGUGUCAAAGUUCAGUCAUACAGGCUGUGCUGCAGUGAGUCACUCAACUAGGAUUUUCCCCUCAUACACCUCUUUCACACAGAAAGUCAAAUUACCGGAUUAAGAAGUUCUACCCGGUAAUUUUCAGAUUAAACACGGGUCCUUUUUCUGUGUAAAAGGUCAUCCCGGGUUGAAAUUCCUGGGACUCGAACACGGGAAUUUACCAGGAUCAGAGACCCAGGUUGACCCUUUGACAUAGAAGAAAUACCCAUGUCGACCUACAAAAUACUGGGUAGAACUGCUUCACCUGGUAAUUUGAUUCCCUGUGUGAAAGAGUGGUCAGGCAGGGCCUGGCAAAACUACCCGACACUCAAAUGCCGGGUAAAAGCCGGGAUAUUCAGACAUUUCUUUCUGAAAAGGGUAUUAUACCCCUUUCAGACCUACAGCAAAAUUCUGGGUUUUUGACCGUAAACACAAAUCAACCUGGGUUUUUGCUAUGUGUGAACAGAAACAACCCGGGUUGAAGUCCCGAGUUGAUGACCCUGCUCUGUUCCAGGGUUUUUCCUUGGUAUCACCUGGGUUGCCUCUGGUUCCGGUAUGAAUGGUCGACCAUGUUAUGGUCGACAGUCAUUAGGUCAACCACUAUUGGUCGACAUUGACAUGGUCGACAUGGACACAUGGUCGACACAUGAAAAAGUCGACAUGCAUUUUUUUGUACUUUUUUUGGUGUCGCUCGCCAUGCUUCGGGCAUGGUGCCUUCGCUCCGCUACCGCUUUGCUCGGCACAGAUUACCGUUCCAAUCGUAGUCCACGUGGAUCAUAAAGUAUGGAAAAGUUCCCCAAAAGAAAAAAAAGUAAAAAGACUAAUGUCGACCUUUUCACGUGUCGACCUUUUCACGUGUCGACCUUUCAUGUGUCGACCAUUUCCAUGUGUCGCCCAUGUGUCCAUGUCGACCAUGUCAAUGUCGACCAAUAGUGGUCGACCUAAUGACUGUCGACCAUAACAUGGUCGACCGUGUGAACGGAUACUGUUGCCUCUAGUGUGAAUGCAUCCAACCUGGGCUUUUAGGCCCAGGUAAGAAAAAAAGUGUCUGGUUGUUCAGCGAAUGGCUAUAACAUAACCCAGCUACGUUUAGACUAUUACACAGCAGACUGGGAAAAUGCUGUAUACUUACAGGAAGUUCACACACAAGAAGGACAGAUCUGAAACUGAGGAAUGGUAAUACUGGCUGGUAGCUGGUUGUGUUAAGGGGAAUGUGAGUGUGAGCACCUUAGUAAGAAAAAAUAAAGUAAAGUAGAUCAGCUUUAAAGAAAAAUGUAUUUAAAUAGAAGAUAAAGGGGUCUGUUUACUAAGACUUGGACGGAGAUAAAGUGGAUCGAGAUAAAAUACCAGCCAAUCAGCUCCUGACAUUUUUCAAACCGAGCCUGUGACAUAGCAGUUAGGAGCCGAUUGGCUGGGACUUUAUCUCCAUCGACUUUAUCGCCAUCCAAGGCUUAGUAAAUAGACCAUUUAGGGGGACAUUUACUAAGCAGUGAUAAGAGCAGAGAAGUGAGCCAGUGGAGAAAUUUCCCCAUCAACCAAUCAGCAGCUCUGUAUAAUUUUAUAGUAUGCAAAUUAUAGAUGUUACUUCAGUGCUGAUUGGUUGCCUUGGGCACUUCUCCACUGGCUCCUCCGCUCUUAUCACUGCUUAGUAAAUGUCCCCCAAAACCACAUAUUUGCCAUUAACAUCUAGCAAUGGCUAAAUAAUAUACAUGAAAGUGUAAACUGUAAAUAUACAUCAAAUUCCAGGGCAGACCCAGGUUCGGUGUGAAAGCAUCCAACCUGGGAAUUUCCUGGGUUUUUGAUGUAGUGAGAUGGGGGUCUAAAACCUGAGAAUUAAUAGAUGAUAGACCCGGGGCGUACCCAUGUAUUUCCCAGUUCUUAUGUCUGAAAGUGGUGCAUUUGUUUUUAAGGUACCGCAUUACUAAAAUGGUGUAGUGACAGCUAUAGAUAUAUGAGGUAACCCAUCUAGAAAGUUUGUUCUAAGAAGUGGGAGAGUAGUCCUUUUGCAUAUGAAGUUCGUGUACAUCUCAUGCCUAAACAAAAAAUAUUCUGUAUAAAUAUUUUGUACUAAAUACACAGAUAGCAGGGCUUUGCUCCUUAGAUUAUGCUGCCUGGUGACCAGAUUAUGCAGGGAGGGAGGAAGCAGAUACAGUAUUAGUCAGUCCCAGCAGAGAUUUGUGGGCAUGUCUGUAUUGCCGUGGCCAUUUCAUGCACAGGAGUGCAUGUGCUGAGUGUCCAUCGGAGCCUGCGCUGACUGCUGUGCUUGUAUGUACCUGGGCUGCGCUGACUCCUCCUGUCCAUUCCAGCCUGCGCUGUCUGCUGUCUUCAAACUCCAGCUGCAUAGAGCUCUCCGUUAAGAAGGUCUUUGCGUGUCCGGGGAUUGCAGCUUCGGAGUGCGUAGUGAUGGGGCCACAAG